GUUGUCAUUGUCAAUGUCAUUUUCAACCAAUACAAAAAUAGUGGUGUUAGCGGCAUUUUUAUAGCAUUUCUAAAAAAUGCGUAAGAGUUAAACAACCAAUAUAUAUUUUAUUAUAAUGGCUCUUGCUUUUAGAAUUUUGUAUAGAAACAGUCGAUAUAUUAACGACACAAUUAUACCUGCGAGAUGGUGUUACAAAACGUCGAAUCCUGCUCGAAUCUUGGCUAGUGGUAUUUGUUAUCAAAAAAACACUGGUGUGGUAAAAUCAUUAAAUAGAAGACAUGAGAUUAAUUUAAAAGCACCAUUACGGUCAUGUAGCACACAGAGCAAUGAUGCAAAACCGCCCACAGAACCAAAAAAAGGGCUAGUCCAAAAGUUUAAGGAAAUGUAUAGAGACUAUUGGUAUGUAGUUUUACCUGUGCAUAUGACUACAUCAGCCGUAUGGUUUGGAAGUUUCUACUACGCAGUACGAAGUGGUGUUGAUGUGAUUGGUUUACUGGAAAGUUUAAAUAUCAGUGAAAAAUUAUUGUCACCAUUAAAGGAGUCAAGUGCAGGUUAUUUUGCACUUGCGUUUGCACUUUAUAAAUUGGUCACACCACUGCGAUAUGCAGUCACAGUUGGUGGGACUACUUUUGCAAUAAAAAAAUUGCAAGCACUGGGCUGGAUAAGACCUGUGCCUUCAAGAGAACGAAUAAAAGAAAUGAUUCAAGAAAAAAAAGAAAACCUACAAGAUCGCUUACAUGAAAGUAAACAACAUUAUCAGAGUCAAAUGAGAGAGAAGGGUUCUCAGGUUAUGGAAGAAAUGAAAAGGUACAAAACUGAAAUGCACAACAUUAAGAACAAAGUUAAGAAGAUGUAAAUUGAAAAAAUGUCUUUUUUUAUACUUUUC